GGGCCACAGUUUGCAGUCCCUUCCAAGGUUCGCCUAUAUCUUGACGUUUUCUCCUGAAGACAAAAUGGCGUUCCUGAUUCCUCCUCUUAUUGAAAUCGCGAACAUAACAGCCUUGUCAAUCUUUGGUGCGAAGCUAGUGCAAAAAAUCCCAGAAGUGGUACGUGCCUUUAAAGAAGACGGAGAAGACAAAGUGAGGGACUACGACAAACGCCUCCUCGAUGCACUGGACACAAUUGAAAAGCAGAAGGCGAAUCUAGAGGACAAGAAGAGGGAGGAGCUGAUGGUGGCGAUGAUGAACACGGUGCUCAGACUCCAGGACACAUCGCGGGCGUCUCCAGAGCACAGGCAUGUGAGGGAGGAACUGGCGGCUGAAACGAGGAAGGUUAUUGAACAGACUAUGCCGAAGGAGACAGGCAACGCUUGUUUCAGAGCCCUACAGAAUCGGAUGCAACUCCAAUGCAGCGUCUGCUUGGAAAUAUACGACACCAAGAAGCGGCGCCCUCUUGUCUUCCCACACUGCGGUCACACCUUCUGCCAGGUCUGCCUCGAGAAAAUCAACCGCAAGAAAGUUUUCAGAUGUCCAAUUUGUCGUCAGACUAAAGAUCAACUGGAAAACCUGCGCGUAAACCAUGCUAUCAUGGACCUAUUGAAUCCGGACUCGCCACAAAAAAAUGACGACGAUGGCAGUGGAGGAUAUGACGAUUCAGAUGACGACGACGACGAUGACGAUGACGAUGAAUAUUACAAGAACAAGAAACUUGAAAAGGAAGAUGAUGAUUUGGCAAUUGCAGCCUCAAGGCGGUAUCAGGAGCGUCGGAGUUUACGUUGCAAAGCCUGCAUGAACAAAUAUAACAGGAAGAAUAGAUGCCCUUACAUCAUGUCCGUGUGCGGGCAUACCGUGUGCUGGGACUGCAUAGAGCGGGUGAGCGGCAGGAGGUCGACCACGUGUCCUCUCUGCCACGAGCGAAACGGCGCCCAGGAGGACCAGAAUCUGAACUACUCCGUAUACAUGUUGUUGCAAGAGGAUGAAGACGCGGAAAAGUUUUAUGAAGCAGACAAUCAGAGCUACUUUGAAUACGGAAAGAACUGCUUUGAGUAUGACGAUCUGACCGAGGAUGACUACGGGCGACCUAUUGGAAAGGGCAAGCUGGGAGAGUACGUGGAGGAGGAGGAGGAGGAGGAGGAGGCGGGGGCGGGGGCGGGGCUCGGCAAAUGGGACAGGAGCAAGAAGAAACGCUGGCAGAUGGAGCGAGAGAAGGAAGAUAUAGAUUUCGCCAUCGCUUUGUCAUUGUCGAUACAGGAGGAUCAAGACCGCGAGCAUCAUGCUGAGAGAAGAGAAUUUGAGGGAAGGAGGAGGGAACGAGGAGGAGUGGCAAGGGAGGGAAGAUGGGAGUGGGAAGGAGGGAGGGAGAAACGGAGGGAGGAAGGGAGGGAGUUCGGUAGGGAAAGGAAUGAGGGAUGGAUGGAGGGAAAGAGGGAGGGAGUGAAGGAAAGAAGGAGGGAGGGAGAGAGAGUGAGGCAUGGAAGCUGGGAGAUGGAAAGAGGAGAGAGGGAAGGCAGGAGGGAAAGAAGAGAGAGGGAGGGCAGGAGGGAAGAGUGGAAUGAAGGAGGAACGGAGGGAGUACAUGUACGAAGGAGAGAGGAAGAGAGAAUGAGGCAGGGAAGUUGGGAGUGGGAAAGAGGAAUGGAAGGAAGAGAGAGGGAGCAAAGGAAAGAGAGAAGGAAAGAGGGAAAAAGGGAGAGAGAGAGAGUAAGACGUGAGAAGGAGUGAAGGAGGGAGAAAGGAGCGAGGGAAUGGGCGAGGGAGGAAGGGGGGUAGUGAAAGAAAAGUAAAUGGAGGAAGAGAGAGUGAGGCAUGGAAGAAGAGAGAGAUAGAUAGAUAGAUAGAUAGAGAGAGAGAGAGAGACAAGGAGAUAGGGAAUGAGGGAGGUAGGGAAGGUGAGAGAGUGAGAGUGAGAGCGCGCGCGCGAGAGACUUUGUGUGUGUGUGUGUGAGUGAGAUAGAAGUGGAUAAAGGAGAAUGGAAGAGAGGGAGAGUAAGAGAAGAGGAAAGGAGGGAAGAGGGAGAAAAGGAGAGAAAGGGAGAGCGGCAGAAGGAGAGAAGGAAAGAAGGAGAAAGAGAAAGAGAAAAAAGGAGAAAUGAAGAAGAGAGAACAGGAAAAGCAGAAAUGGAGGGGAUGGAAAGAGGGAGAAGAGGAGAGAAAAGAGAAAAGGAGAGGAGAGAAGAGACUUUUUGACGGAACCAUUUGAGAACCAAGAUCCAUCAGUCGGUUCUCGCUUCUACACUCCGCCUGGCAAGUCCACCGCCGUCUACUUUUAUGUUCCCAUUACUUCAGGAAAUCAAAAACUGUAUAUCAACUAGUAUAUCUGUAUAGCAAAAGCUGUAUAUCAACACGUAUAUCUGUAUAUAUGUAUAUCAAAAGCUGUAUAUCAACACGUAUAUCUGUAUAUCUGUAUAUCAAAAGCUGUACAUCAACACGCCACUAAUGGUAAUUGGAAGUGUUGCACUACCAAAUGCUAAGAUUAUUUUCGUCAUUUCGGAUGUGUUUCUUCUGUAAUUUGAGAUAUUGUCUAUUGUUGUAUAUUUUAUUUUGUUCCAAUUUUGACUAUAACAAUUUUCAUUACCGACGAUCCCUGAUAAUUAACCAGUGAAGUGUGUUUGCUAUGUAGGGAUUCACUAUUAUGCCCUAUUGUAUCUAUCUAUCUAUUAUUAUUAUAUAUAUAUAUAUUUUUUUUACAUGAAUAAUCGUUAUUGUAAACCUAUGUACUGUUAUUACGUUAGUCACCCAGUUAAAGAAUGAGUUUCCAUGUGCAGUCAGAAAAGUAUAUAUCGUCCCCCUCUGCACAAAUUAAUAUGAAUAGGACGAAGUUUUGUGGAAUAGCGAGGCAAGGGAGUUAGCGAUGUAAUCAGGUGUUAACAGAGAGAAGCGUUGUUUCUCAUUGAACACAAGGUAGCGAUAGAUGUUUUUUUUUCUGAUUGUACUUACGAGGUAGUAGACGACGUGUACGUUAUAUAUCUUUGAAUAUGUGUCUGAAUGUAAUAGAAAGAAGUGCAGGUCUCCAGGAUUAACCGAGCGAGGAGAUUCGAGUAAAUUGCUUAUCUUAUCUGGUGAAAGUUGGUUUUCGUUGGGUGAAGACUCCGAUGAUUCCAAUAAUUUUUUUUUGCGCCUUUUUUUUCUUGAUUGUUUUAUCAUGUCUUCCAAAAUACUGUUCGUCUAGAGAAAAUAUGUAUAUUCAUAAUAAAUUUGAUUCUUAUAA